AUGGAGGACUGUGCAGCCACCCCUGUUCGCCGCCCUGCCGACCCCUCCUCCCCAUCCCUAACCCCGUCUCCCUUGUCUCUGCGCCAGUGGCGCCCAGCGGCGCAGCGCAAUCUGCGCAACCAGUGGUCGCGCCUGCUUGCCGCCAAGACCCGGUGGCUGGACGCCGCCGCCAGCGGCCGCUCCCAUGCCGCCACACUCGUCAACGCCUACCUCUCCCGCAGUUACAUGCCAGGGAUGGAUUUGGGGGUGCUCAAGGACAUGCCCAGGAUCCGCGACAGGGCGAGCGCCAAAUUGGCCCACAAGGAGGUAGCUACGCUGUCGCCAGGAACUCGGCCAAUCCUCCUCAGCAGUAUAUGGUUUAAUUUUCUUGUUCAUCUCCUCAUUUUCAUGUCCCUUGCUUGGUUCAGGUGCAAUGCCGCGAGAUGCUUCUAUCAGCCUACAAGGAGAUGGUCUGUGCCAUGUCCGACUUGGUUAAAGCUUCUCAUGCCAUGCGGAUCAUCCAAAGUAUCUGCUGGUAGCCCACUAGUCCGAUUUACUGAUCGCCAGGAUGAUUUGAAUGAUUUAGGGGAUGGUGGAGGAGCUCCAGUAUACAGAUGGGUCUCCAUGUUAGAAUUUGGUGGGUUACUCAAAUGCAUGCUUCGAAUCGAUUUUGUGUAG